CUCGUACAGAACAAUCAGUCCACACAUCUCACUUCUCCAUCCAUCCGUCUUUUAAGAGCUCGAGGUUAACAUGAUCAAAACAAUGUACCAGCAUGCAAAGAAACAUCCCGGGCUGAUUCCUCAGUUCUUCUUCGUGUUUCUGGGCAUCAGCGGAGCAUCUGUCUAUCUGCUCCGAUUGGCUCGUGGACCUCAUGUCAGCUGGGACAGCAGAAAUAACCCUGAGCCGUGGAACAAACUUGGCCCGACCUAUCAGUACAAGUUGGUGGCCGUCACCACAGACUACAAGCGUUUGAAGAAGGAAGGACCUGACUUUUAAAAGACCUUAACAGAACUACAGGGACACACACACACACACACACAGAGAAAACAAAUGGAAUCAGUUAAUAGCCUGGCUGUAAGAAAAGUGCGACAAACAAAAGUUUUAUACAACACAGGAAAAAAAUCAAUUCAAUUCAUUUAUAAUUCUACAGCACUGUUCACACUUUUGCAUUGUUGUGAAGCCGCUGCAAAGAUAAUACAUUUUACCAGAAGCACAGUAUAGAAAUAAGAAACAGUAAAGAAACAGUAUAGAGGAAAAAUAAGAGAGCAUGCCAAAUUUUCAUUUAAUCAUUAUUUCUAGAUGCAAACAAAUCAAACCUUAGGAAAUAAAGUCAUCCAACAGCAAUGUGAAAGACUGACAGCAUGACAAGACACAUGAAAACUGUGAUAAAAAUGGUUAUCGCAACAAAAACAAUUUUUUUUGGAUCUUUUCCUAAAUACAUGUAGAAUAUUACUGUUGUAUUGCUUAAAAGUGAAUAUGAAGAGUUUGGUUCCAAAGCGCGAUAAACGCUAUUAAAAAUAAGAGUUUCCGCCAAAAUCAGUAUUGUAUCAGGUCGGUAUUGAAAAGUCAGUUUUUAAUUUGACGCAAAAUGCGAUAUCUGCCGUGUUAUUCUGUCAUGUUUUCUCCCUUUUUUCUCAACCAAUCACAGCACAGCAUUCCACGCACUGUAAACAGUAAUGGCGGCGCUCUGAAUACUGUCGGCUCCUAGUUUCCCUGAUCUACUUUGUGUUCAACAACAAACAAAAAAAUUAAUAAUUUUGACGGCAUUGAUGAACCUGUGCUGGUUUCUGCAGUGGGGAAGAAACGUAAACCAUCGAAAUCUAAUCAUUUACGUGAGGAGAUUAAGAAGACGAGGCAGUAAUUUAUAGCAUUAAAAAGAUGAGCCGUUGAAUUCAUUUUAGGAGCGAUGACUGAUUGAAUGUGUUUUUAGUCCAGUGCCUGUAUGUAAGAUUAGUAUUGUAUCGAGUUCAGAGGCUGUCAUGUGUGGAUCAACUCACUUUGUGUAUUUUCAACAGUUUCAAUGUGAAACAUUUCUUUUAUAUUGAUUCAAUGGAUUUAUUGUAUUUUGAAAAUAAAAUUGUUAUGGAUUUAUUGCAAUUUGGGGAUUUUUUAUGUUACUAGAACCUGAAGAUGCUAUGUGAAACUUUGAAACAGAAAAUAGUGGUUUUCAUCUUGCCACUUUCUUUGUGAAGAAAACACAUUUUUACUCAAAUUAAUCAAAAUGGGUUUAUAGCGAUUUCGAACCAAACUCUUCAUAUGAACUUGUUUUCUUUGCAGUAUUUGAGUUCUGAAAAACCACAGAGCAUCUUUUCUGUUAUUUUCACCUGUCUCUCAGUUUCAAUUUUCUGCAAAUAAAUGCAAAUUGAAACAAUAUUUUUAAUUGAAAUUUGGGAGAGAUAUUGUUGGUAGUUCAAAGAAUGAAACAAAAAAGAUCAUUUUACCUGUAAACACAUACCUAUAGUAUAUUUUGAAAUCAGAAAUCAGUGUUUACUCAACCUGUUCACUCUCAUGGUUGACAUUUAGCAAAAUGUUCACACGAUGCUCAUUUUCAUACGUUCUUCGUUUUCAAAUGUGGACAGAUGCCAUCAAGCUCAAAAAGGCACUAUAAAAGUAAUAUAAAAGUGUCAUGGAAGCCAUUCGCGUGACACAAUCUUACACAUUUGUGACCCUGCCUGUGAAAACCAGGCUGAAGUCUCAUAAUCUAAUUCUGAGAUAACGUUUGAUUUCAAUCAUUAAUUUCACUAUUGCAAUCUUUGACAUAGCUUUACUCAGUCAAUAUGAAAGAUUUUAUGUAGAAAACAGCAAAUCACCGAAAAAUGAACAAUUUAGCUGGGUUUUCACAGGCAGGGUCACAUUUUCUAAAGCCACGUGAUAACUCCCGAGAAAGAUUUAUACUUAACUGCGUGAAGAUGUAUCACACAUAGUUUGUCAUCGCUUAAGGUACCGAGUCCCUUAAAUGAAUACAAAAAGCUCAGAAUAUUCAUUUUUGAGUGAACUGUGCCUUUAAGUCUUUCUCGUAUGUCUCACAGUUUGAAUGUCUGAGUAGAUGUAUUUGUUUGAGAACACGCAUCGGCCCGCGGCCUUUGUUCUCCUAUGGAAAGCCAAAUUCUCGUGGCCCUUUACAAAACAUCUCUAAGUUUGUUGUCGGCAUAUUUGUGGGACAUUAGGAGGGAAGAAUUGCUGGCCAGCGUGUGCAUAGCGAGAAUAAUGCAUGUUAUCUGAGAGCAAUCAACACUGUCCUCUGCACAGCUGGGUACCUGCAGAGAAAUCUUCACACACACACACGCACGCGCACACAC